AUGGCUUACGCUGCCCAGAGCAACCGUCGACCAAACGAAGUCAAGGGCCUCGCGAAUGGCACUGCUCGUGUGGCACACGGGGACGAUAACUGGGGACGACAAGGUGAGGAUCUAGCUUAUGAACUCAUGGCUGCUCUGGAUAAUCCUCGUCUGAUCAGUGGGCUCGUCUCUUGCCAUAAGCACCUUAGCAUGCAGUGA